CCGCCCUUCCUUGCUCUCCCCUCCCUGACCCUAGAUGCCACCGCAGCAACUUUCUGGGAGGAUUUUGGAACGGCUCCCGCCAACUGUUAAGUCAAACCGGCGGAAAUCCUUCCUUUCUGCGACGUGGACACCUUUCUCAUCCUCGGGCCUUUCCAACCAGGAUGCAGAAACCACGCGCCUCCGUUUCUCAGGGAUUCAAGCCGUAGUUUGCCAGUUGUUAAUAUGGCCGCUGACAGGCCGCUCCCAAGCUGAGGCCUUUCAUAGGCCAAGAUCGCAUCCUGUCCCCGCCUAUUUUGUCUCUCGUGGCUGCGUCCGCCCAGCUCUUCGCUACGCAUGCGCAGCGGGGGCAGGCUGGGAGGUGGGCACGGACUGAGUCUUCCGUGUGUCGCUGCCGUUGCCGCCUCAGCUUCAGCCUCGUUACCCCUGCGGUUCUGUGGCUGUGCUGCUGGCGUUAACGGCGCGAGGUGAAGGGAGGUGACGGAGUGUGCCCGCGCGCGCGGGGGUCCCCUCAGUCCCAGCAGUUCCCUUCGUGCGCGGGGGGCGGCGAGGGUCUUCAGCAGUCGGGAGAGGCCCUUGACGGCGCCAUGUCGGCGGGCGGUCCAUGCCCAGCAGCAGCCGGAGGGGGCCCAGGGGGCGCCUCCUGCUCCGUGGGGGCCCCUGGCGGGGUAUCCAUGUUCCGGUGGCUGGAGGUGCUGGAGAAGGAGUUCGACAAGGCUUUUGUGGAUGUGGAUCUGCUCCUGGGAGAGAUCGAUCCAGACCAGGCGGACAUCACUUAUGAGGGGCGACAGAAGAUGACCAGCCUGAGCUCCUGCUUUGCACAGCUUUGCCACAAAGCCCAGUCUGUGUCUCAAAUCAACCACAAGCUGGAGGCACAGUUGGUGGAUCUGAAAUCUGAACUGACAGAAACCCAAGCAGAGAAAGUUGUUCUGGAGAAAGAAGUACAUGAUCAGCUUUUACAGCUGCACUCUAUUCAGCUGCAGCUUCAUGCUAAAACUGGUCAAAGUGUUGACUCUGGUACCAUUAAGGCAAAAUUGGAAAGAGAGCUUGAGGCAAACAAAAAAGAAAAAAUGAAAGAAGCACAACUUGAAGCUGAAGUGAAAUUGUUGAGAAAAGAGAAUGAAGCCCUUCGUAGACAUAUAGCUGUUCUCCAGGCUGAAGUAUAUGGGGCGAGACUAGCUGCCAAGUACUUGGAUAAGGAACUGGCAGGAAGGGUCCAACAGAUACAGUUGCUAGGACGAGAUAUGAAGGGACCUGCUCAUGAUAAGCUUUGGAACCAAUUAGAAGCUGAAAUACAUUUGCAUCGUCACAAAACUGUGAUCCGAGCCUGCAGAGGACGUAAUGACUUGAAACGACCAAUGCAAGCACCACCAGGCCAUGAUCAAGAUUCCCUAAAGAAAAGCCAAGGUGUUGGUCCAAUUAGAAAAGUUCUCCUCCUUAAGGAAGAUCAUGAAGGCCUUGGCAUUUCAAUUACAGGUGGGAAAGAACAUGGUGUUCCAAUCCUCAUCUCUGAGAUCCAUCCGGGGCAACCUGCUGAUAGAUGCGGAGGGCUGCACGUUGGGGAUGCUAUUUUGGCAGUCAACGGAGUUAACCUAAGGGACACAAAGCAUAAAGAAGCUGUAACUAUUCUUUCUCAGCAGAGAGGAGAGAUUGAAUUUGAAGUAGUUUAUGUGGCUCCUGAAGUGGAUUCUGAUGAUGAAAACGUAGAGUAUGAAGAUGAGAGUGGACAUCGUUACCGUUUGUACCUUGAUGAGUUAGAAGGAGGUGGUAACCCUGGUGCUAGUUGCAAAGACACAAGUGGGGAAAUCAAAGUAUUACAAGGAUUUAAUAAGAAGGCAGUAACUGACACACAUGAAAAUGGAGACCUGGGCACUGCAAGUGAAACUCCGCUAGAUGACGGUGCUUCAAAAUUAGAUGAUCUGCACACUCUGUAUCAUAAAAAAUCUUAUUAAAUUGACCAUAUCUCCAGACAAGAUUGUUAAUCAGACUAUUCUGAAUUUGGGGCACUGGGGAAGAUGGUGACAAAGACUACAAAAUCAGGGGAGGCUGUUUGUUGCCUAAAUGAAAGGCGGGUACCUCAGGGCUUCAUGUGAACAAUUCUCAAUGCAUAAAACACCCUGUUUUCUGUGGUAGACCAUAAUUAGCUAUUGCAUGUAAAGCAAUUUUGAUUUUCUUGAACUUGUAAGCACCAAAGCAUGUGUUUCCCAAAGGGGUAUUACUGGGCUCUUAAGUACCAAAUGAAACCCUACUGUUUUACUUGGUUCCUUUUCCCUUUAGUAGGAGGACAGUGCUAACUGGAAUUUUAUAAGGAGUACCCUUUAAAAUACAGAGAGUAAGUGAAUUCAUAUUUUAUAUUCUAGAAUGUUAACUGUGGUAUUUCAGAAGACAGAGCUUGACUCAACGAAUUGUAGAAAUAUAGGCUUGACUUAAUUUUUGUAACUGAAAGGCUUUAGACUUAAAAAAAAUUUAUUGUGCAUCCUAAAAUCUAAACCAAUUAUUAAUGAUCAUUUAUUGUAAUGAGUUUGCAUUUCAGCUUUAUUCAAUGCAGUACGAAAUAGUUUUCUUUAAGCAGUCUUUUAUCAAUCAAUGCUGCACUAGAAGUAGAGUCUCAAAAGUUACUAAACAUUUUACUUUUUUUGUUUUUUUAAAAGAAAUGCAGAUGAGUGUAAAACAUCUGUUCUCAAUUAUGUUGAUCUGUGUGCGCGGUACUGGAGCAUUUACCCAUUCAUGUUGAGCCUCAAAUGCUUGUUUUCUGGGGUCCACAAAAGACAGUUUUAUACAUUUUGAGUUGUUCAUAAAGUUUGUCUUGUGAUAGUCCUGGCACUUAAAGACAAAUUUUUCUGGUAGUAAAAGUUCAGAUUUAUUACCAUGUCAUGAAACACAGUACAUUCAAAUCAAACGGCUGUUUUCUUUCUAAGUAAAUGAUUUCCAGUCAUCUAAAAGGUGGGCAAGAUGAGAUAAAGACAUUUUGAUACAGUAAUUGUUUUGGUUGGGUUUUCAUGUCAGUUUAUGUUUGACUAAAGCUCUCUUCAUAUGCAGGUUUAUAAAUUUGUUAGGUCUGUUGUCCCAUGAUUAAACAUGGAGUGCCUCCUCUCUGAUUUAAUAUUCUGCAGGUCAUUGUAACCUGCUAGGCAAAGUCACAACAUUGCAUUAAAGAGGUGAUAGCUUUGCUAAUAUCACUGUUUUAAAGGACGUACAGUUAAAGGAAUAUUAAGUGGGAGAAAGCCUACAAGGCUUUUAGAAUAUUAUCAGUAUCUUCAUUUCUGGUAUUUAGAUGUUAUGUGAUAAAACACAUUUUUUUUUGUCUUUCCCAGAUACACUAUAUAUUUGUUCAAGGGUAAAUCUACAAAAUGUAUAUAUUUUGUCGUUUUGCUAUUUAUAAAUUUAAUGUUUUAACUGUUGCUCAUUUAUGGUUUGUUUUGGGUGGUGGUGUUCAUCUGUAUAUCACCAUGUUAAUUUGUAAUGGAAGUGCACUUCGUAGUGUAUAUUGUUACUGACAUUAAAAUACUUUAUAGCAUUGUCUCUGAGCAAAAGCUAGUAUUUAAUUGUACAAAUGAAUAAGCAAGUUACAUGUUAUUGUUUGCUCUUGACAGGGUAGGCCUCUUAAAAGAAAAAAAACAACUUGUUUUUUCCUUAUGAAUCCUGUAUGCCAAACACAUACCUUCCAUGCAUGACAUGAGAUCUGCAAACUGGAUUUUAGCCACUGUAUUUAUUUAGUCAAAAAAAUUGUCCGUUGUAGCAGACCUGAAAACCUUUUUGCUGUGACAUGAAACCAUGUUAUUCUUAUCUUCUUAAAACACAGCCUGGGAUGGAAUGGCCAUGGCAUUUUUUUCAGAGAACAUCCUUUAUCUGCUGUGACUGAAUCCUUAGGAAAUGUAAGCUAUAACCCUUUGAUUUUCAAGAACUACCGAAUAAGUGUAUGAAGAGGUGGUUUUUUAAAACUUCAAGUUGGAAUUUUUAUGAGGUCACUGUGUAAUUUGAAGAAUUGUGUGAGAUUGUCAUGAUAUAAAUUCCUUUUAAGGACUGAUAAAUAGAAUGAAAAGUUUCCAGGUAGUUUAAAACUCCACAGGUCAGUUUCCUUUUCAUUCCUGCUUCACUAUGGUUUGUAAGCCUACGGGAGAGCACCGUUGCUCAGAUGCUACUGUGAGCUUCCUGUCCGGUGUUAGAAAGUAGCUAGUUAAAAGUUCAUUUUAGAAUGUAUGGUUUUGGGGGAUGAACUAAGAAUUAGUUAUUAGUUCCAAAGGACUGAGAACCAAUUUUAAUAUUUUCACAUUUAUAGGAAAGAAAUUCAUAUGUCCCUGAAACUUCUAGGACAAAACCAAACAAGUAAGGAGGGAACUGUUGCAAAGCCAUUUCAUCGAGAAGGGGACAGAAGGAGAAAUACACACAUGUAUACAGAAACAGAAUGGUUGAGAAAACAUUUUAAUAAAAUGUGAAGGUUGUAUGUGUGCGUGUAUAUAUUUACACUUAACCUCUAAAAUUCUCUUCUACAGUAUCUCUGUUACGAAUAUGAUGGAAAAGCAACAUUUUGCUGGUGAGACUAUUGUUAAAAUAAAUUUGAGAAAGAUGAAAAUUUUGUGAGUCUUGAUAAUUACAAGUCAACAGCUAUCGAAAGUUAGCACAGCUUGUCUGUGGUGCUGUUUUUUUCCCCACCGCAGUGGACUUAUGCUGUUUUCAUGUUUAGAAACAAAAAGGUUUCAUGUGAUUCAUGUGUAAGAUGCACAGUAUUUGACAUCCUGAUUAUGUAAUCCCUAUUCCAUCUAUCCAGUCUUACACUUAUGGUUGGCCUCAAAUCUAUUGCAUUUAUGAUAAUGUAUUAUAUCUAGUUGAGUUUAAUAUUUUUUUAUUAGCCUGUAAAUAAAGAUGGCAUCUUCUACAUUAAAAUGAUAUUGAUCUCAUUUUUUUAAAUAAACAUUUUGUUUCCUUGAUGUUAAA